AAUAUACUGAUCAAGAUAAAGCUAGUUCUGGUUCUGAAAAUGAAGAUGUUGAAUUGAGUAAUAGUAUUGGUUCAUCCUCUAAGGCAUUUAGCAAAAAACGUACAUCAAAUAAUAAACAAAACAAAGAGGAUGAUUAUUCCACUGCUCUUACUUCUGCGGUAGUUGAUUUUUUUAAUAAUGUUGACCAAACUAUUGCAAUGGAGGAAGCAUUAACGGAUCAGCAAAUUAUUACCCUC